CACCUUCCUCAACCCAGUCCUCUGUCUAUUUCACACGCACCUUCACUUCUCUUUUGUGCCAUAUAUUAGUACCUCACUUUGGCAUGUUAUAAGCUCCAAGGCCUUAGCUACAACUAAAAUUAGUAGACCAAUUCCAUUGCUGUUGCUGUUGCUGUUACUUUUAGUUCAUCUUCAUCUUCACAAAAUGGGUGAGAGCACCAAGAGGAAACACACUACUCUCAUCCAUGAACUAAUCCAAGGAAAAGAGCUAGCAAAGCAGCUGAGUAACCUAAUGGUUUCUUCUUCUCCAUUGACCAAUGAAACCAAUGGAUUGUUGGUUGAGAAAAUACUUUCGUCCUAUGAGAAAGCUCUCACCAUGCUGAACAAGACCAACACCAUGAUGGAUUCCAAUUCUUCUUUUACAAAUGGUGGGAGCCCCAGAAGCGAGGUUGUGGAUCAUGAAUUUGAGCACAAAGCUGUCUUCAAGAAAAGAAAGACCAUGCCCAGAUGGACAGAGCAAGUGAAGAUUUGUUCAAGAACUGGACUUGAGGGGUCUUUGGAUGAUGGAUAUAGCUGGAGAAAAUACGGGCAGAAGGAUAUCCUUGGAGCUAAGUUUCCAAGAGGAUAUUACAGAUGCACACAUAGAAAUGUACAAGGGUGCCUGGCAACAAAGCAAGUUCAAAGAUCAGAUGAAGACCCAACAACAAUUGAGGUGACCUACAGAGGAAGACAUACAUGCACGCAUGCUAAGCAUUUAAACAAAGCAUACCCAUCAAACAUAAAGAUGGAUUUGAAGGAAAAUCAUUUCCACAAUGAUCAAAAGAAUCAAACACUACAAGAGAAAAUACAACAAACUCCAGAGGGGAUUUUUACAUUUGAAACAGAACUUAAAGUCAAAACUGAGGAAAUGGAAACCAAAGAGGAUAUCUUCCCGUGGUUUUGCUUUUCUUCUCCAUCAUUUGGAUCAGAAAACGAGGACAAUAUGUUACACGAAAGCAUGAUUGAAAACCAUUUCAUGGAAAUUUUUUCUCCUGCAUUCAUAUCACCAGCAACUUCAGAAUCAAAGCCUUUCUGUUUGCCAGCAUAUGACUUGGACAGCACUGGACUAUUGUGCCAAAACAUACAAACCUCGGAAUCUGAUAUCACUGAGAUACUUUCAGCCCCGACUUCAGUCACCAACUCCCCAAUCCUGGAUUUGGAUAUCCUGCUUCAUAAACGGGAUUUUGACACUGAGUUCCCUUUCAACACCCUUGAAUUUUUCUCUUCGUGAGAAUUUCCCUGCAUUAUAGUCUGUUCCGGAUUAAGUGGUGAGUCGUAGAUCCUGACUAUGGAAGGGUAAUCAUAAGUCAUGUUCAUAAAUCAAGACAACGUAACCUCCCUGUCAUGCAAAUUUGGGGAGUUUUCCUUGUAUGUAAUAGGUCCAAGGAUGUAAUUCGUAAAUAAAUUGUAGCUGGAUCUGUAUUUUCUUAUUUCACUUGUAGUUGGUUCAUGUCUUUUGGCUCAAGCAGGAUGGAAUUUUUAAAGUGAGCGAGUUUUCAUCUCA